AUGUUUGAAUUAUUGUUCUCUCGUCGAUGGCGAACAGCUUCCACAUGCGAACAGUUGUUGCAACAGCUUCAAUCUCGUCUUAAGCUACUCAUAAGCAAGAAGCACGCAUUAUCAAGAGAUCUACGUUCCGACAUCGUUAUCUUCAUCCGAUUCAAUGACUUCAUAAAUGCUCUCCGUCGAACCGAACAACUCGUCCUCGUCAAGAACUCGGUUGUCGUAUACGAAUUGUUGCUUCGGUUCACUAAAUUCAUCAUCCACCACAUCCCCUACAUUGCAAAACACAGAAAAUUGUCUAAUGACAAGAUUAACGAAGCAGUUUCGAGUCUUGUCUUUGCCUCCGCGAGUUGUGGACAAGAACUACGUGAACUGGUUAGUAUUAAAGAGCUGUUUUCUCAACGUUAUGGUCAAAGCUUUGUAACAAGUGCUCUUCAGCUCUGCCCUGGGAAUCUUGUUAACCUCCAGAUGAAAGAAAAUUUGUCUAUACCUUCGGAUACCGAAGGUGCCAAGACACUAUUGGAUGAAAUAGCUAAGCAGUACUUAAAAGCAUCGAGGCAUAAAUAUACACAUGAGAUUAGUAAACAGGUGGAUAAAAAGGAAGAGAAGAAAGUAAUGGAUUCGGACUUGAAUUGGUUUUCGGAUAAGCAAUCACCACACAAAGUUUAUAAAUUUUGCCUCAAGGAUUAUGAAGAAGAGAUAAGAAAGGAAGAUAAAUUAUCGGAGGAUGAUUAUAUAGAAGAGGCUCAAGUGGGAAAAGAUCAGAGAGUACUCAGAUCUAGAGAGAGUAAUGAAGAAGAGAGAAGAGCACCAUCAUCAUCACUAUUGGAUGAAAUAGCUAUGGAGUUUAGUCACCGUUUAGAAGCAUUCAAGUUUGAAUAUACACCUAAUAAACAGCAAUCACCUGACGGAGCUUAUAAAUUCAGCCUCACGGAUUUUGAAGAAGAGAUAAGAAAGGAAGAGAGAUCAAUGGAGGAUGAUUAUAUAAAAGAGGCUCAAGUGGGAAAAGAUCAAAGAGUAUUCAGAUUCAAAGAAAGAAGUGAAGAAAAUAGAAGAUCAUCAUCAUCAUCAUCUUUAUCAUCAAUAAAAGAGCUUUGUGACAUGGAGAGUAUAACGUAUUACAAGACGCAAAAAAGGACUCAUCAAAGAAGAAGAAGGUCAUCAAAGAAGGAAGGACAAGAGGAUAGACAAAAGGCAGUAACGAAUCAACACGUUCAUCAUCCUGAUUACGACCAGAUGAAAAAUAAGAUUAAGGCCGUGAAGGCAAAAGAAGAGGAAGAACUACAAAAACUAGUUCAACCAAAGCUUCCUGAUGAAGACCAGAUGGUAAAUCAGAUUAAGGCCGUGAAGGCAAAAGAAGAAGAACAAGGAAGAUUAGCUACUCGAUACGUUCAUCCUAAGCUUCCUGAUUAUGACCAACUUGUAGCAUAUUUUACAGACCUUAAAAAACAACAUUGCAUGAGUUGUUAA